GACAAAGCCCAAGACACUCCUCAUUUGACCAGAAACGGGGAGCAGCAGGGAGGUUGGAGGAGUUUGCUCUCAGCUGAGUGAUGUAUCAAGCCUCUUCAGGGAUUGUCUCCAUGAAGGAGCUUAGGCUCCAGUGAGCGAGGUGAGGGCACCGAGUCCUGUCGGCAAACAGACUGCUGCUUCCACCCCACACGCACCUCUCCUCAGAGCUCUGCUGAGGCUGCUGUGACCAAACUCCUAAGAAAAAGGCCAGAGAUGCUGAGUAGAAGAAAAAGUUCACUGAAACCAUGGAUGAUUGCCCUCAUUGUCACAGCUAUUGUGUUGAUUCUGGCAAUAAUUAUCGGUCUUCUUGUUCAUUUUUUGUCAUAUGACCAGAAGCCUCACUAUUACCAGGCCUCCUUCCAGAUACCUGGCAUUGAGUAUAAUCCUGAUUUUUCAGUAGAACACUCAAAACUUAGGACUGACAUGCAACAAAAACUCAGUAAUGAGAUAGAUAAGACAUUUCAAGGAUCCAGUUUAAGCCAUCAUUACAUCAAGUCUCAUGUCAUCAACUUUAGGCCAAACAAUGAUGGUUUGAAAACAGAUGUAUUGCUUAAAUUUCAGUUCACUUCUAACAAUGCAGACACAAUUAAAAGGCAAGCUGAUAACAUUUUGCAUCAGAAGUUGAAUUCAAAUGAAAGCUUCAUGAAGAUAGACACUUCAUUACCUUAUCUUAGAGAUUUGAAUGAAGCACAAGCAGAACACAUUCUGAACAGCGAUUGUGGUUUAGGAAAGGAGCUGCCAUCCAUGGAGAGAAUUGCCGAUGGCCAGGUGGCAAGGAGAGGUGCGUGGCCAUGGCAGGUCAGCCUGCAGGUGGAAGGUGUCCAUGCCUGUGGAGCGUCUCUAAUUAGCCAGGACUGGCUCUUGACUGCUGCACACUGCUUUGAUGUUUACAAAAACCCCAGGCUGUGGACAGCUAGUUUUGGGAGAACCCUAAACCCUUCGCUGAUGAGGAGACAGGUGCAGUCGAUCACGGUCCACCAGAACUAUGCAGCACACAAGCAUGAGGCUGACGUGGCGGUGGUGAAGCUGGCCAGCCCUGUCACCUUCUCCAGCCAGGUACGCAGGGUCUGCCUGCCCGACGCCACCCUCGAGGUCCCCCCGAAGAGUAAAGUGUUUGUCACCGGAUGGGGCGCAUUGAAAGCAAAUGGUCCUUUUCCCAAUAUUCUGCGAGAAGUUGAGGUGGAGAUUCUAAGUAACAGCGUGUGUAAUCGAGUCAACGUGUACGGUGGUGCUGUGUCAUCAGGGAUGAUUUGUGCUGGAUUCUUGACAGGAAAGCUGGAUGCCUGUGAGGGUGAUUCUGGAGGCCCCUUGGUCAUUGCACGAGAUGGAGGCAUCUGGUAUCUUAUUGGGAUAGUGAGCUGGGGCAUAGACUGUGGGAAGGAAAACAAGCCUGGACUUUAUACCAGAGUGACUCAUUACCGGGACUGGAUUAAAUCUCAAACGAACGUCUAGUGCAGCAUCCACACUGUCCCUGCCAUAUGUGGUCUCUGGGAACUGUACCCAGCAAUAUCUACACUGUCCCCAACACCUGUGGUCUCUGAGAACCAUGCCCAGCGACAUCCACACUCUCCAUGCCACAUGUGGUCUCUGGAAACUGUGCCCAGGGACAUCCACACUGUCCCUGCCACAUGCGGUCUCUGGGGACCGUGUGCAGCCUGUGCUGCUAUGUACUGUCACUGAGUUCAAGAUGCAGACGCCUGUGAUCUGCAGUGCUCCCUCAAGGCGGGGAAGGAGAGCUCCUUUCACAUUGCCAAAGUGCUCUGAGAACUGUGAGCUUGGACACUGCUAUCACUGCCACUCACUGUCCCCCUUUGCUCAUCUUUCCAGCCUUAUUGUUCAUUUUAGAAUAACCAGCAUUAUUUUUUUAUAUAGUCAUAUACACAUAGAUCAUGAAUACAUUUAUGCAUAUGUCGGGUACAAUGUGUUGAUUUUUUUAUACAAUCUGAUGUGCUUACAUUAAACCAAUCAACAUAGCUUUCGCCUCAUUUACUUGAUUAUUGUGUUAAGACAUUUAUGUUCUACACUUGACAGAUUUGAUUUGUACCCUUGCAAUAUGUUCCAUAGAAUAACCAGCACUUUAAUCAGAGAAGCACCAGCGGCAGGCUUUCACACUUUUCCCACAGCUCAAGCCUCCCUUCCCUGGAGCUGGACGUCUUUGUCUACCUCCUCAAUGGCCCUGACAAAAGAUUUGCAAGUCCCCUGUACUUACAAGUCCAGAUUGAUGGGUUUGGCUGCUGCUGGCACAAGUGACCAGGAGGCACCAGGCAAGACUUUAAAGUGUGAGAGAUGGUGCUGCUGUGAAUCCAACCAUCGGCACUCAGAAGCACAAUCGGCCUCUCUGAAACUUGAGAAAAUCCGGCAUUUAUGUGACAUUUAUGUCUAUACUAAGGGUGCAGAGUUUAAUCUCUUUUAAAAACUACAUUGGUGUUUAUUUUGGAGGAAGAAGGAAAUCCUUAAGCCUACAGCAGGAGAGUUGGAAUAUCGCCUAGCCCAGAACUCUGCUCUGAACUAUGUAAAAUGCCUUUUAGUGCCCAGAAAUUGAAGGCAGACUCUCUUGGAUUUUUUUGUUAAGUUGAAAUGAAUAAAGUAAAGAUUUAGUGAGAAAGAGCUGCUUUUGGCUUCAUCUCCAAAAAUGACAGAAUUUCCUAUCUUUGUGUAAAUUUACUUUUCCAUUUUGUUUCAUGAUCUCUCAAUGUAUUUUAUUUACUUUUUAUUUUCAACCAACAUUAGAACAACUGCCAAAUAGGAAGUCGAUAUAAAUUAGAUAUGAAUAAGCAACUUACAUGAGAAGCUAAUAUAAAUUUAGACAUUCACAAACAAUUUGAUAAAAGAUUUUGGUACCUUAUUGUGCAGUGUUUAAAUUUAUUGUUUAAAUAUGGACAGCAUUUUUUGCAGAGCAGUAUUUACAGAAAAUAUUCAGGUAAUUAAGAAGGCAUCUUUGGAAUGGUUUAAUUGUGAUAAGAUUAUCAUUUUCAGAUGUAUUUAAUUGCAUAUUUUAUAGUACUGUGCAUGACUGUGGACUAGUAUUUAACAAAACUCACACUUCUGUGCAUCUAAGCCUCUAUUUGCUCGACACACUUUCACAAUUAAUUUAGUUAAUGAGAUAACUGCUGCGCUAAGAUUUUCUUCGGGUUUUACAUCAAACAAGAGCAGCUCUUGCUCCACGUAAUGCAGUACCAUGUACAUUAAAAUAUAUUUAUGGUCCUAAACUCAAACCCACUCUCUUUGAAUCAUCACUGUGAUGUUGAGUUUCUGGACCUUGAUGCUGAUGACGCCCUUGGGAGAGGACGCCGCAUGCCUUGUGCUUGGAGACAGCUCCGUAGCCCUUCCCACUCCUGCACCCUGACGUCUAUGAUCCCCACCAAAUCGUGACAACCAAAAAUUACUUUAGAUGUCACUAAAUUCCCCUAGGGAGCAAAGUCCCUACAUUACAAGCUGUGUACUCAUCAUGUGUGCAGGUGUUUUCUUCUCUCCCUUCUUAUAAAGCUGAUGCACUGACAAUGGUAAAAAUCACCUAUUAGGACCACACUCAUAUGUACACAAUCCUAGCCACACUGAUACCAUCUGGAAACUGAAACGGGUUGAAUAAAGUUGAAAGAAGACAUUUGAAGGUUGAGCUGCUACAGGCAAAUGGUUCACAUAAACAUAUAUAUACAACAUGAACAUACAGCAAGUACACUCAUUUAAUGUCUUCAGAAUGCACAGAUACUCCUGGAAAGGGGGCAUUUGUAUUUGGCCGAGGCAGAAAGGCCCAGCUCAUCAUUACCCACCAAUGCUGGAGAGUGACAUAUAGAUAAUUUUAUAAUAUUGGUGAGUACCACGCUGCCCAAUGUGACAGCCACUGGUCAGAUGAGGCUCUUCAAGGUUAAAGUAAUUAAAAUUAGAUAAAUUAAAAAUUCAUCUCCCUACAGUGAUCACAGUUAGUCCCUGAUGUCAUACUAACCACAUAUCACGCACAAAGCAGCCUCGUGUGCACAGUGACUGUGGCAUGGACAGCACUUGUCUGGGCCAGACACCAGCUACGGCCAGGUCAGACUUGUGGUCAGGUGCUGGGUUUUCAAUCUUCCUGAGAAAAAGAUGCCAGAACUUCUCCAAUUAAUACCGUCCUGAAGAAUUAGAGGAGGUUGUUCUGUUGUGCUUUAAGUCAGCAGGGUAUUCUUAGCACCCAGUACUAUGCAUUGAUGGCACCCAAGCCAACGAACGAGUAACCCAAGAGAAGAGCCAGAGUGACUGCAUCAGACAACUGACACAGCAAACUGUAAUUCAAGCAGCAGCCAACCCAAACAAAACAAGGAAUGGGACUGCACAAUAUGUUAAUGUCAUUUCACUGCAGUUACAUCCAGGAGUGGAGACGGCAGGUCACAGACCCACAACUGCUGUGGGAGGCUGGACGCUCAUCAUAGAAUAUGUGGUGUCGCUGCUCUGCCAUCUGCUGGGCAUGUCCGUCAUUUUAGAAAUAUAAUUUAUUGCACGUGGAACCUUGAACAGAGGGUGUGAAGUUGUGCGCACAGCUUUUCUUCUGCCUCUGCCUUCUCUGAGACCGAGUCCUUCCUCCCCUGCUCCUCCUCCUCCUCAGCCCACUAAGUGCGCAGGUGACGAUUGAAUCUCACUUAACAAUUGUAAAUAUAUUUUCUCUUCCUUGUCAUUUUCUUAUUAAUACUUUAUUUUCUUUGUCUACUUUAUCCUUAAAAUACAGUGUAUUAAUAGAUGGAACAUACAAAAUACAUGAUUAAUGGACUGCUUAUUUUGGCAGGAAAGCUUCCUGUCAACGGCAGGAGAUUAGUAGUUAAGUUUGGGGGACUCAACAGUUACACAUGGAUUUUCAACUGCACAAGGGGCUUCAACCCUAACCCCCAUGUUGUUAGGGGAUCAACUAUAAUUUCAUUACAAGCUUUAAAGUUAUAUGAGCAGUUUGCCAACAUGGAG